GUAGUCCGUCACGUCCGUGCCUGUCUACAGCGGAGUAGAAGGUGGCAAUUCGGAAAACCGCACCAAAGACUCCAAAAGGCUCCCACACUAAAUUCACAGUCCCACUAUUUCCACCGUGUGAGGACCUCGCUAAUUCUGGACAACUCCUUCCGCUGCUCCCUCCACGCCAUCCAUCACACUCUAUCCCACCUUCAAAUCUCGAUAUCCUACAUCCAGCCUCUCACAGAUCCUUGACUAGCCAUGUUCAUGUCGAGGGCAGACGGAGAAUUCUAAACACACUUUCCACAGCCCUUACCACCUGCAUCUGUCGAUUCAGACCCUACGGCAAUCACGAAAUCACCCUCGGCUUUGGGUCGCUUCUGUCCCGCGUCAACUUCAACUUCUACGGUGCUGUUAACCUCUGCCGUUAUUUGCUCGAACCAGUGGUCCCUACCCUGUCCAAUCCACACUUGGGUUUGAACCUACCCAGUUCCAUCAAAAAAAUCUCGAUCGAUCACUUCACCAAAUCGGUCUUGGGACGCGCCACGAGCCUCCUAUCUUGCGUGCCCAAUUUCUGAUGAUUUCGACUCUCGGAUUUUCCACACAUCUACAGCGUUGAUCACAUUGGCCAUGGACGAAGAGGAGGAGGUCGCCCAUAAUGCCUCGUAUGAACCUCAGCGAUCGAAGCGACCACACUUGCACGUCUAUCGACCCAUUACAAACUCGAGCGAAGACUUUACACCCUUGAACGAGCCUUCACAAUCGUCACAGUCUGCUCAUCCGAAUGCCCUACUAGGCCAACUCUCCUUUGCCCCGGCCACACAGACAACUGUUGUCACUACAACCACGACCACGACCACCAAAUUCCCCCCCUUCGCAAUUCCUCGUCCACGACACGCACAUCAACUCGACCGCAAAAACUACCCGCUUGCUGCGACACCAACACCUCCAAGCCUUAGAAAUAUCCACUUCGAGAUUGGAGGAAAGCCCACGGUGUUCCGAGAAGCCGCAGAUACAACUUUGGAACUCGAACAGGUAUACUGCUCUUGUGUCAUAUUGUUUAAGUCUACUAACGCAAAAAUUUCAGUUUCAAGAGGAGCGUCGCUCAAUUCGAAAUGCUGGGGGAACCCUUCAGACUGUCCAAAAUUUCGAACCGACAAGAAAUCUAGAUGAUGCUACGUUCUCGAGCUCCACACUCCUUUCAAGAGGUUCUCAUCAGCGACCCGCCUCCCCGGAUUCCUUGGCCGAUACUGAUGGCCACUCUACUCAAGCAAUGUCCUCCCCGACACUCAGUCAGAAUGAUAGCGGCAUCCGACAAGGUCGUCGCCAUGACCGAGGCCUCAUUUCUUCGUUCUCCCGCAUCCAGAACAACGAAAAUACAGACCCAAUAACCCCCGAAAGCUCCUCAAGGCCACAGCGCUCAACUCGUCGAGCAGUGACUCGUGACGCUUCUGCCACUUCUCGGAACAGAUCAACUCUCCUCCCGUCACCGAACAUGGAACAAGUACCGACAUUCCAAUCCAGGCGAUCGAUAACACCGAAGCCACCGUCGCAUCAGUCGCCUGCCGCACAAGAAUCGGCAGGCUCGUCAACAGAGCAUCUGGGCCACGUCCAAGCAAGAACACGAAGUGUUUCGCAAGAGGAUCCUGUUCCCACACCACCAAUCGAUGAUCUGGUCGAUCCCUUGCCCACGCGUCCCGGAAGCCGACGCGCCCUGUCCUCUGUUCCUGCUCGCUUGCACGUCUCCGAAAGCCCGUCAGCACUCGAUGGUAGCCUCCCAAGUCCCAGUCUCUCUCCAGUCACAGCUGCAGCAACUCUUCAGAAUGCUGGCUACUUUGCGGCCGUCGACACUGAAACCGACACGGCCUCUCAAGAUGACACCCAGACGUACGAUGCCCCUUCUACUUACGAGCGACCUUCCUCGAAUUCUCUUAUCCCCGGUUCGAAACAUAUCCGCCCAACGCCUCACCAAUCCUAUGAUCACAACCAUGCCUUCUCAAGACCUUCAGUAGCCGACAUCCCAGCUAUGUUAGAUUACUUUGAGACCAUUCCUGACGAGUUGAAAAGCUACGUCAUGCACCAACUCCUACGCCGCUGUCCCAAACCUACUCUCCAAAUUGUCGCUGAUGCAGUCAACCCGGCACUGAAAUGCGAUUUUAUCUCAAUGCUACCGUCCGAGCUUGCAAUCAACAUUAUCAAAUAUCUGGACCUCCAAAGCCUCUGCAAAGGUGCGCAGGUCUGCCGCAAAUGGAGACAAAUGAUCAACGGUGACGAGCGUGCAUGGAAAGAAUUAUUCGAUGCAGAUGGUUACACUCUCCCUGAAGGCGAGCUCCAACAGGCGAUUACCGACGGAUGGGGUUGGCAGGACCCUUCUGGCGCUGAUGGCCAUGAGCAAAACAUCGGUGCAAGUUCGAACAUGAAGUCUGAGGCAGAAGUCGACUACUUAUCGCCCUCUACCUCCCUAUCAGGUGGCAUCACCGGCCUUCUUCGACGGUCAAAACGCAAAGCAGCGACAUUACUGUCGGGCCGCAACAAACAGGCUAAACGGAAGGAUACCGAUUAUGACGACUCGGCUGACGUCAUCCCAACUGAUUGGAUGAGUCAAAUUUCCACUGCCGAGGGCCCUUAUAACGCUGCCAACGCUGCCAUGCUGGCGGUGCCUGAUUCCAACGUUGGUCUCUCAAGUCUAAAAGGCCUUCAUCUGUAUAAAUCACUUUAUCGAAGACAUCACUUGAUUCGCCGGAACUGGAUGUUCGAGGACACGAAACCCCAGCACCUUGCUUUCCGCGCACAUGAUACCCAUGUGGUAACUUGUCUCCAGUUCGAUACCGAUAAAAUCUUAACUGGAAGUGACGACAACAACAUCAAUGUGUAUGAAACGAAAACUGGCAUUUUGAAAUCCAUUCUGACCGGACAUGAAGGAGGUGUUUGGGCGCUGCAAUAUGAAGGCAAUACACUGGUGUCUGGGUCCACAGACAGAUCUGUGCGAGUAUGGAAUAUUCAAGAGGCACGUGAAACCCAUGUGUUCCGUGGACACACCUCGACCGUACGAUGCCUACAGAUCGUCUCUCCUGUGAAGAUUGGCGAAACUACAGAAGGGAAGCCGAUCAUGAUGCCUAAACAGCCUUUGAUCAUCACAGGUUCACGAGAUUCGACUCUUCGCGUAUGGAAGCUUCCUCGUCCAGGAGACCCGAUGUUCGUACAGACUGAUAAUGAGGGCGAGGCAGACGACUGUCCUUUCUUUGUCAGAACGUUGACUGGCCAUCAACACUCUGUCCGAGCAAUCGCCGCUCAUGCAGAUACACUAGUCAGCGGCAGCUACGAUUACACAGUCCGUGUGUGGAAAAUAUCGACUGGAGAGACCAUACACCGCCUUCAAGGCCACACACAGAAGGUCUACAGCGUUGUUCUCGACCAUGCUCGCAAUCGUUGCAUAAGUGGAUCUAUGGACAACAUGGUCCGGAUCUGGGACUUGAACACCGGGUCAAUGAAGUACACAUUGGAGGGCCAUACUUCUCUUGUUGGCCUCCUCGAUUUGAAUUGUGACAAACUCGUCUCCGCCGCAGCAGAUUCCACGCUCCGCAUCUGGGACCCCGAGAAUGGCCAAUGCAAAGCUACUCUCAGUGCCCAUACCGGUGCUAUCACCUGCUUCAAGCACGAUGGGCAGAAAGUCAUCAGCGGGUCAGACAGAGCGUUGAAACUUUGGAACAUCAAGACGGGCGAGUGCGUCAAAGAUCUCCUUUCCGACCUCAGCGGUGUCUGGCAGGUCAAGUUCAAUGAGCGACGGUGUGUCGCUGCUGUUCAACGAGAUGGCCUUACAUAUAUUGAAGUUCUUGACUUUGGGGCAGCACGGGACGGUGUACCUGAGCAUAACCGAGGCCGACGGAUUGUUGUCGAUGUCGACGGGGUUGAAACCAGCAAUGACGAUGGCGGCUAUCUGGACCUUGACGGCAGCACGGAUCCGCAAUGAACUUGCAUCCCAUGAUCAUCAUGUUCAAAAUGACAAAAACAGAGCUUUCGAUGGCUUGCGACAUUUUCAGUCCUGAAACACCCUCGAGCGCUUGAGCGAAUGAAAUUUUAAUGCGAUUGAUGACUGCUUUUAGCGGCAAAUCUUGACGAGAAGUAUGAGUGUUUCUCGCUCUCGGAGUGUUGAAACGGCGCAUCCGUGACGACCAGCGGGCAGGCAUUCUCAACGAUAAGAAUCGAAAUGGGUAUUAGCAUGGUCUGGCAGGUUAAGAUGGCUUUUCUGGAGAACAAUGCACACUUCUUCCCGCGGCUAUGAGUGUUACGAGUACGGAAGACUGAAAGAUUACUGGUGGGGAGGAAUUAUCAGGACAGUGGGUAGGUGUUGUACAAAGUUCUUGCUCCCCGUGCAGCAUGGCUAUGAGAACUCCAGACUCAAAGUCUAGUCAAGCAUUAGACAGAGAAAAGAUAUUCAAACCUUAACUGACUGCCUGACAUGACACCAAUGACUGUAUUCGAUGGACCGCAAAGAAGUGCA